AUGUUUUACAAGAUCAGUUACGGAAUUCCAGGUGCAAGCGAUAGUGACAGUGAACUGCCAGACACGGUAGCAGUGGCGGAAUCUGAUCAACCCUCUCGAUUGGAGUCGCAUUUAUCCUGUUCUCCGACACUCCAAGAAUCCGUGGAUCUUGUCAGCUCCUCUUCAUCCGCUGCCUCUGGAUACCAUCGCUCACGGCUAAUUUCCGACUUGGUGAAUGGACGUGGCUUCCCAGACUUAUCCAACGCCCCAUCGUCUCAUGAAAAAUCUUACAGUGGUUCGCUGCGACGAUUCCCUGUACCAAACUUUUCAAAGGAAUCCACACCACAGUCAACCAUCGCCCACAUGAGUACAGUAUCCUAUUUUGACCAGCCGAAAGGGACUCUGACCUGGUCUGGUGUUAUCCCACAUCACCCUCUGAGCUCACGCGAAUCUGAAUCUAUCCCCCUGACGGUGAUAACUGAAACAAAGAAGCUUACCAACGGCUUCGUUAAUGGAAUCAAAGGGAACACGAAGUUAAAGCUAACCGGAUCCCCUCAAAGCUCACCUGUCCCACCAUCGGAUCCUUUUUCUAGUUGCUCUGUCAACUACGGACGGCCUCUGAACACUUCUGAUAGUGGGCCCACGGGAAUGAGUGGAAACACCAGCAAACACGGUGGUGGAUCCGGCACUACUAGCGGUGGGGCUGCGGGAGGAGGGGGUUCCUCAGGAAACAGUGGACGAAGCACUUCCACCUCAGGUUUUGUCACCGGCCUUGGUGGGCCAACUGGUAGUUGGAUUCAGCGAGGUAAUCCACCUCAACCUCCAUUCAAUCCUUCCGGCUCUCUUUUACAACCGGUCCCCGUGCUCACCACCCAACGCCCCCCGGAGUUCUGGUGUAAUAUCGCUUAUUUUGAGUUGGACCAACAAGUGGGCGAGUUGUUUAAAGUGCCUAGCCAGUACUCUCGAGUCACCGUAGACGGGUAUACCGAUCCCUCCAGCCCAAAUCGUUUUUGCCUUGGACAGCUUUCAAAUGUUCACAGGUGA